GGGACUUCCUUUAGAGUUUCAGUUGGAUGGCAGCAGGCAGCUGCUGGGUUGACACGUAACUAAAGUUAAAGGUGCUAUGGAGGCCUCGUCGGGGACUUGAGGUUUUAGUUUUUCCAUAAUCCUCUUUCAAUUGCGUUGGAAAAGCAAAAGUCUGCAAGGUGGAAAAGAAGACGUAAACGUGGGCCAUCAGCCUCGGUUUGUCCUGCAUUUCAACAGCGCACAGCCGGAGUUUGACGUGAAGUGAAGCGAAAAUCUGAGCGGCUACUUUGAAGUUACAGGGGAGAGUCGUGAGUGGAUGUGGCUAUGCUAAAGUAAUGUGCACAAACAUCAGCGCUUCACCCGUAUUUUUCUGCGAGGAAAUGCUCGGGGAGUGAGGGAAGUGAGGGGAGGGGGGGGGCUUCUUCAGUCUUCACCGGGAGGUUAAAAAAAAAAAAAAGUUGAGUCGGAAGUUUCCAGCAGCAGAGACGGGGCUUUCUCGCUCAGACAGCGGGGAGGGGUGCGGGUCUAACAUGGGAAACGGGGUGUGCUCCCGGAGGCAGCGGAGGAUCUUCCAGUGUCUCCUGCUGCUCACGGUGGUCUGCGGGAUGAUGUACGGGGGGAUGAUAUCGUAUGAGAUGCACAAACAGCUCAAGAGGACGGAGGCGAUGGCACUGAAGUACCAACAACAUCAGGAGUCACUCUCGGCGCAGCUCCAAGUGGUAUAUGAGCAUCGCUCCAGGUUGGAGAAGUCUCUGCAGAAGGAGAGGUUAGAGCACAAAAAGGCCAAAGAAGAUUAUCUGGUUUACAAACUGGAAGCACAGCAGUCACUCAACAAGGAGAAGCAAGAUUCCAACAACAGAUUCAACUCUUUACAAGUGCAACAUCAGAUGUUAAAGAACCAGCAUGAGGACCUGAAGAAGCAGUAUUAUGAGCUACAUGAGCAGCAUCAAUUGCAGGGUGAGGACCACAACCGGCUGCUGGAUGAACACAAAGAGCGUUACAGUAAGCUGGAGCAAACCAAAGAGGUGGAAGUCUCCCAACUCAAAGAAAACAUAUAUAACCUGAGAGAGGAAAAUAAACAGCUGAGGAAAGCCCACCAUGACAUUCAUACACAGCUGCAGGAUGUACAGGUGCAGCAUCAGGACCUGAAGGCAGCUCACAGCCAGCUGGCACUGACACUAGAAGACCACAAGAGUGCGCUGGCUGCCGCUCAGGUGCAGGUGGAUGAAUACAAGCAGCUGAAGGAAUCCCUGAACAGGAUGCCCAACCUGAGACAGCCUGAGCAAAACCCUGCUCCCCAGCACCUGCAAGCAGCUGCUGUAGCACCCAAAUCCCAUGUCCAUGAAGCCCAGCAGGCUACGAUACUGGAGCAGCCACAUAAAGAUGUACCACCCCAUGAAGAUCAUCAGGUUCACCAGAACACUGUGUCCAGGUUGGACCAGCGAGUGGAGGAGGUGCAUGCCCAGUCUGUGAUCAAGGCCCACCCCACCGUAUCCCAGCACACCUUGUCAGAGAAAGAGGAGGAGGAUGGAGAGGGUGAGGCGGAGAGGAGGAGGGAGCUGGCAGAGGAGGAGAUGGCGCAGGCAGGACAGCCUCAGAAGCUGGAGGAGGAUCCGGACCAACCCCAGGAUGAGCAGCAGGAGGAGGAGGGAGAGGAACCUGAGCAGGAACAGCCAGAUGAGAACGCGCUGGACCGACAGAGGCGUCAGCCACAACCGGAUCCCCACGUGGAUCUGCAUCAGGAUGCCCCCCAGCAGAAUGAUGCACAUGCCCAGGUGGAGCGAGUGAAGUCAGCCUAUGAGCAGCAGCAGGAGCAGCAGCGCCUGGAGGCUCAGAGGGCCGAGGAGCGCAGGCAGAUCCAGAUGCGACAGGAGGCCCUGCAGGCCCAGAGGGAGAGGGUGCUGAAGGAGAGGGAGCAGAGGCUGAAGGAGGAGCAGGAGAGAGAGCAGCAGCAGCACAGGGAGGCCGACAGACGGGAGCAGCAGCUGAGAGAGGAGCACCAAAGGAAGAAGACAGAGUAUGAGAACAUGGACAAUGAUAUCGUUCAAGGAGAAGAGGACGGUCACAUUGAUGAUGAGGAAGAAGGAGAUGCUCAUAAGCUACACGAGGAGGAGGAGAAACAAGGAGCAGAUCACAGACUACCACCACAUCAGCAGGGUGCUGUAGAUGGUGAGCUGGACCCAGAGGACGACCCCAACAACCAGGGGGAGGACGAGUUUGAGGAGGCAGAGGACGAGCGACCGCAGCACAGGGUUGCGGAAGAGGAAGAGGAGGUGGUGGAAGAGGAGGAGGAGCCACAGGCGCCGGCCCAGCACAGAGACACACACCCAGGCCCCGAGCAACCUGCCGUGGAGGAGGAACUUGUGAUGGCUGGAAAUCCAGAUCAACAGGAAGACACGCUAGAUGACCAGUACCAGGAGGAAGGAGAGGACGAGGCCCAGGAGGACAUAGCUGCUGGGCAGAAGAGAGAGGACGAGGUGGAGGAGGAAGGAGAGGAUCCAUAUAACGAGGAUAACAUAGAGCAGGAUGAAGGAAAAAACCAGGAGGGACCAAGAAAUGAGGGGAAUCACAGAAAAGACGCAAAGAACAAUGAGGAAGAGAAUUAUGAAGAGGAAGAAGAGGAGGUGGAGGAGGAUGUGGCCGGUCGAGACAAGGGAACCAAUCGGAGGGCAGAGAUGUAAGACAGACGCGGAUUUGAACCAGCCGCAGUGCCUUUUCAGCUGCCCGUAGAGCCUAUCAGGUUUUUCUUUCCCUUGUUUCUCAAAGGAAUAAAAGCAGCCAUUCAUUCAGAAUCCCAAUUCAGAAAAACUGGGAUGUUACACCUGGAAGAUGGGAUGCUAUUCCAAACACUGUGGGGUUGGAACUGAUCAGCUUACACCUGUGGAACUGGACAGAAUUUAUAGGACGGAAAUGGGAUAUAUACUGUAUUGGUUUAAAAAAAAAAUUAAUUUGCUUUUCUGUCAACUCGCACGUCUGCCUGAUUGCCUGUCUGAUUCUGUUUUUUUUUUUUUUUUUAACAGCAGACAGGCAGAGAAUGUAUUUUUUAUCAAUGCUGUCUGUGUAAAGAAACCAAAAUAAAUUAUGUUAUUCUAAUGUUUUCAUCUUCAUGCCUUUAUAUGUAUGUUUUAUGCAGUUGUAUUCUCUGUAGAGCUCAAAUUUUGAUUUACGUCUUGCAUUCCAAUCGAUCAAGUCAUUUUCUGUUAUUUAUUGUUUAUUGUAACAACUCUGACAAUCGUAAAAAGGUGCAACGUUUAGUUUUUUCCCCACUGAAUGAACUAGUUUGUGUCAUAGUGGCUUUUACCAACUUCUUGAGGCUGAUAUCACGGGAACAUUUUCAAUGGAAGUUUCCGCAAAUGUCAAUCAAAGAGACAUUUCUGGUGAAGCCGUUACAUGCUCAAAAAGUGUCACUCUGACAUGUGCCUUUCCAUUCUUGGAAGCCUCUUCUGGGUAUUACUCAUUUGACAUUUGGAAAAGCAUUUCAAUAGGGACAGGAGAGAUAAGAGCACACCAAGUAGUGCUGAACCUCUUACAUAUUGCUUCAGCGUAGCCUUAAAAAGGAGGCUAUUUCAUGUCGACUGCUGGUGUGAAUUUAAUUCACAAAACCGAAUGCAAUUUAAUGCAUCAUCUUUAGUCUACUGUACAAUGUAUAGUAAAACAAAUGCUGACAAUUUGUACAUUUUUCUGCCAGUUAUAUUUGAUACAAAAAAGUGGGGUUUUGAUUGCAUUAAACUGUUUGUCACCUGAAAAGUGAGUGGAAUAAAGAGGCUGAAGGAUCAUGGGUAA